GGCCGGACCGUGCGCUCCGAUCUGCAAGUCUCGGUGAGGUGGUGAGCCGGCUGAGCCCGGGCGCUCGAGUCCUCACCGCGGCGGCGCUAGCGCGGGGAGAGCAACUCCGGGUUCGCUUUGUGGCUGCUGUUCCCCUGCCCGUCCGGAGCGCCUCCGGCCGGAGCGCAGAAGGAGGGGCGCGCUCCCCAGCCCCCCGCCGCCCUCCCUCAGCCCGGGGGAAGAAUGUGCCACCAGCUGUUCUCCGCUCGCGAGCGCUGCGUCCAGGAGUGAGGGACUUGGAGAAAUUGGAGACAAAGGCUGCGGUUGGGACGGAUGAGUUAGAGACUUGGGUUUGGGCAAACAAAAGGUGCGAAAGACGAGAAGGGGAGAAGGAGAUGGCAGCGGGGGAGCCCCGGGGGCUCGAGUUCCUGGGAGUCGCGCCGUGACACGCAUGGUUUCCUCGGACCUUCAGCUGGGCUGACUUCCGCGAGCUGGAAGCCGGACUCUGGCAAGUUGGGAAGCGCACGGGAACAAUGGACAACUUCUUCCCCGAGGGAGCACGGGUCUGGCUCAGAGAGAAUGGCCAGCAUUUUCCAAGUACUGUAGAUUCCUGUGCCGAGGGCGUCGUCGUCUUCCGGACAGACUAUGGUCAGGUGUUCACUUACAAGCAGAGCACAAUCACACACCAGAAGGUGACAGCCAUGCACCCCAUGGAUGAGGAGGGUGUGGAUGACAUGGCCACCUUGACCGAGCUCCACGGGGGCGCCAUCAUGCACAACUUGUACCAGCGAUACAGGAGAAAUCAGAUCUACACCUACAUUGGCUCCAUCAUCGCCGCCGUGAACCCCUACAGGACCAUCCCCGGCCUGUACGGGCGGGACGCCAUGGAGCGCUACAGCAGGUGCCGCCUGGGGGAGCUGCCCCCCCACGUCUUCGCCAUCGCCAACGAGUGCUACCGCUGCCUGUGGCGGCGCCACGACAACCAAUGCGUCCUCAUCAGUGGUGAAAGCGGGGCUGGGAAAACCGAAAGCACUAAAUUGAUCCUUAAGUUUUUAUCGGCCAUCAGUCAGCAGUCUCUGGACUUGUCCUCGAAGGAGAAGACGUCCUGCGUGGAACAGGCUAUUCUUGAAAGCAGCCCCAUCAUGGAAGCCUUCGGCAACGCCAAGACCGUGUACAACAACAACUCCAGUCGCUUCGGGAAGUUCGUGCAGCUGAACAUCUGCCAGAAGGGAAACAUUCAGGGCGGGAGGAUUGUGGAUUAUUUAUUAGAAAAAAACCGAGUAGUAAGGCAAAAUCCGGGGGAGAGGAAUUAUCACAUAUUCUACGCGCUGCUGGCAGGGCUAGAACACGCAGAGAGAGAAGAAUUUUAUUUAUCUGUGCCAGAAAACUACCACUACUUGAAUCAAUCUGGAUGUGUUGGAGACAAGACAAUCAAUGACCAGGAAUCCUUCAGGGAAGUCAUUACGGCGAUGGAGGUAAUGCAGUUUAGCAAGGAGGAGGUCCGGGAAGUUCUGCGGUUGCUUGCUGGUAUAUUACACCUUGGGAACAUAGAAUUCAUCACUGCCGGUGGGGCUCAAGUUUCCUUCAAAACGGCCUUGGGCAGGUCUGCAGAGUUACUUGGGCUGGACCCGGCACAGCUCACGGAUGCCUUGACCCAGAGAUCUAUGUUCCUCCGCGGGGAGGAGAUCCUGACGCCUCUCAACGUUCAGCAGGCGGUGGACAGCAGAGACUCCUUGGCCAUGGCUCUUUACGCCCGCUGCUUCGAGUGGGUGAUCAAGAAGAUCAACAGUAGGAUCAAGGGCAAGGAUGACUUCAAGUCUAUCGGCAUCCUCGACAUCUUCGGAUUCGAAAACUUUGAGGUUAAUCACUUUGAGCAGUUCAAUAUAAACUAUGCAAAUGAGAAACUUCAGGAAUAUUUCAACAAGCAUAUUUUUUCUUUAGAACAACUGGAAUAUAACAGAGAAGGCUUAGUGUGGGAAGAUAUUGACUGGAUUGACAAUGGAGAAUGCCUGGACUUGAUUGAGAAGAAACUUGGUCUCCUAGCUCUUAUCAAUGAAGAAAGCCAUUUUCCUCAAGCCACGGACGGCACCUUAUUGGAGAAGUUACACACCCAACAUGCUAAUAACCACUUUUACGUGAAGCCCAGAGUUGCAGUCAACAAUUUUGGAGUGAAACACUACGCUGGAGAGGUUCAGUAUGAUGUGCGGGGCAUCUUGGAGAAGAACAGAGAUACCUUCAGGGAUGAUCUUCUCAACUUGCUGAGAGAGAGCCGAUUUGACUUCAUCUACGACCUAUUUGAACAUGUUUCAAGCCGCAAUAACCAGGAUACCUUGAAAUGUGGAAGCAAACAUCGACGGCCCACAGUCAGCUCACAGUUCAAGGACUCCCUUCAUUCCUUGAUGGCAACGCUAAGCUCCUCUAAUCCUUUCUUUGUUCGCUGUAUCAAGCCAAACAUGCAGAAGAUGCCCGACCAGUUUGACCAGGCGGUCGUGGUCAACCAGCUGCGGUACUCGGGGAUGCUGGAGACGGUGAGAAUCCGGAAAGCGGGGUAUGCGGUCCGGAGACCCUUUCAGGAUUUUUACAAAAGGUAUAAGGUGCUGACGAGGAGUGUGGCCCUGCCCGAGGACGUCAGGGGGAAGUGCACGGCCCUUCUGCAGCUCUAUGACUCCUCCAACAGCGAGUGGCAGCUGGGGAAGACGAAGGUACAAUUUUCCAUGGUGAUCCGGGCCCACGUCCUGGGCUACUUGGCGCGAAAGCAGUACAGGAAGGUCCUUUACUGUGUGGUGAUAAUACAGAAGAAUUACAGGGCGUUCCUUCUGAGGAGGAGAUUCUUGCACCUGAAAAAAGCAGCCGUGGUUUUCCAGAAGCGACUCCGAGGUCAGAUCGCCCGGAGAGUUUACAGACAGCUGCUGGCGGAGAAACGUGCGGAGGAGGAAAAGAGGAAACAGGAGGAGGAGGAGCAGAGGAAGCGCGAGGAGGAGGAAAGAGAAAGAGAGAGGGCACGAAUUGAAGCUGAGCUCCGCGCCCAACAGGAGGAGGCAGCGAGGAGGCGCCAAGAACAGGAGGCCUUGCAGGAGAGUCGGAGGAAGGCCGAGCUGAGCCACGAGCUGGAGAAGCAGAAGGAGAACAAGCAGGUAGAAGAGAUCCUGCGCCUGGAGAAGGAGAUCGAGGACCUGCAGCGCAUGAAGGAGCGGCAGGAGCUGUCCCUGACCGAGGCCUCGCUGCAGAAGCUGCAGCAGCUGCGGGACGAGGAGCUCCGGAGGCUGGAGGACGAGGCCUGCCGCGCGGCCCAGGAGUUCCUGGAGUCGCUCAACUUCGACGAGAUCGACGAGUGCGUGCGCGACAUCGAGCGCUCGCUGUCGGUGGGCGGCGGGGCGGCAGCCGAGGGCGCGGCCGGGGGGAAGCCCAGCUUCAACUUCAGCCAGCCCUACCCUGAGGAGGAGGUGGACGAGGGCUUCGAGGCUGACGACGACGCCUUCAAGGACUCGCCCAACCCCAGCGAGCACGGCCACUCGGACCAGCGCACGAGUGGCAUCCGGACCAGCGACGAGUCCUCGGAGGAGGACCCCUACAUGAACGACACCGUGGUGCCCACCAGCCCCAGUGCCGACAGCACCGUGCUGCUGGCCCCCUCGGAGCACGGCUCCUCCGGCGGGGAGCCCACCUACUGCAUGCCCCAGAACCCCGGGGGCCUGCCCGCCCCAGACGGCGACUACGACUACGACCAGGACGACUACGAGGACGGGGCCAUCACCUCCGGCAGCAGCGUGACCUUCUCCAACUCCUACAGCAGCCAGUGGUCCCCAGACUACCGAUGCUCCGUGGGCACCUACAACAGCUCGGGGGCCUACCGGUUCAGCUCCGAGGGGGCCCAGUCCUCGUUUGAAGAUAGUGAAGAGGACUUCGACUCUCGGUUUGAUACGGACGAUGAACUGUCCUACCGGCGGGACUCUGUGUACAGCUGUGUCACGCUGCCUUACUUCCACAGCUUCCUGUACAUGAAAGGUGGCCUGAUGAACUCCUGGAAACGCCGCUGGUGUGUCCUCAAGGACGAAACCUUCCUGUGGUUCCGCUCCAAGCAGGAGGCCCUCAAGCAAGGCUGGCUGCACAAGAAGGGCGGCGGCUCCUCCACACUGUCGCGGAGGAACUGGAAGAAGCGCUGGUUCGUCCUCCGCCAGGCCAAGCUGAUGUACUUCGAGAACGACAGCGAGGAGAAGCUCAAGGGCACCGUGGAGGUCCGGGCGGCCAAGGAGAUCGUAGAUAACACCAGCAAAGAGAACGGCAUUGACAUCAUCAUGGCUGAUCGGACCUUCCACCUGAUCGCUGAGUCCCCCGAAGACGCCAGCCAGUGGUUCAGCGUGCUGAGUCAGGUCCACGCGUCCACGGACCAGGAGAUUCGGGAGAUGCACGAUGAGCAGGCAAACCCGCAAAACGCCGUGGGCACUUUGGAUGUAGGGCUGAUCGAUUCUGUGUGCGCCUCAGACAGCCCCGACAGACCCAACUCAUUCGUGAUCAUCACGGCCAACCGGGUGCUUCACUGCAACGCCGACACGCCGGAGGAGAUGCACCACUGGAUAACGCUGCUGCAGAGAUCCAAGGGGGACACCAGAGUGGAGGGCCAGGAGUUUAUAGUGAGAGGGUGGUUGCACAAAGAAGUGAAAAACAGCCCGAAGAUGUCUUCCCUGAAACUGAAGAAGCGGUGGUUUGUGCUCACCCACAACUCCUUGGAUUACUACAAGAGCUCGGAGAAGAACGCCCUGAAACUGGGCACCCUGGUCCUCAACAGCCUCUGUUCAGUCGUCCCUCCGGACGAGAAGAUCUUCAAAGAGACAGGCUACUGGAAUGUCACCGUGUACGGACGCAAGCACUGCUACCGACUCUACACCAAGCUGCUCAACGAGGCCACCAGGUGGUCCAGCGCCAUUCAAAACGUGACCGACGCCAAGGCCCCGAUCGACACCCCCACCCAGCAGCUGAUUCAGGAUAUCAAGGAGAACUGCCUGAACUCGGACGUGGUGGAGCAGAUUUACAAGCGGAACCCUAUCCUGCGCCACACCCACCACCCCCUGCACUCCCCGCUCCUGCCCCUGCCCUACGGAGACAUAAACCUCAACUUGCUCAAGGACAAAGGCUACACCACGCUGCAGGACGAGGCCAUCAAGAUAUUCAAUUCCCUCCAGCAGCUGGAAUCCGUGUCUGACCCCAUCCCCAUAAUCCAGGGCAUCCUCCAGACAGGCCAUGACCUCCGGCCGCUGCGAGACGAGCUGUACUGCCAGCUCAUCAAGCAGACCACCCAGGUGCCACACCCGGGCAGCGUGGGCAACCUGUACAGCUGGCAGAUCCUCACGUGCCUGAGCUGCACCUUCCUGCCGAGCCGGGGGGUCCUCAAGUACCUGAAGUUCCACCUCAAAAGGAUCCGGGAACAGUUUCCAGGAACCGAGAUGGAAAAAUACGCCCUCUUCAUUUACGAAUCUCUUAAGAAAACCAAAUGCCGAGAGUUCGUGCCUUCCCGGGAUGAAAUAGAAGCUCUGAUCCACAGGCAGGAGAUGACGUCCACGGUGUAUUGCCACGGCGGAGGCUCCUGCAAGAUCACCAUCAGCUCCCACACCACAGCCGGGGAGGUGGUGGAGAAGCUGAUCCGAGGCCUGGCCAUGGAGGACAGCAGAAACAUGUUCGCACUCUUUGAGUACAACGGGCACGUCGACAAAGCCAUCGAGAGCCGGACCAUCGUGGCCGAUGUGUUGGCAAAGUUUGAGAAGCUGGCUGCCACAUCAGAGGUAGGUGACCAGCCCUGGAAGUUCUACUUCAAACUUUACUGCUUCCUGGACACAGACAACGUGCCAAAAGACAGCGUGGAAUUUGCCUUUAUGUUUGAACAGGCCCACGAAGCCGUCAUCCACGGCCACUACCCGGCCCCAGAGGAGAACCUGCAGGUCCUCGCCGCCCUGCGGCUCCAGUACCUGCAGGGGGACCACACACCACACGCCGCAGUCCCGCCUCUCGAGGAGGUGUACUCGCUGCAGAGGCUCAAGGCCCGCAUCAGCCAGUCCACCAAGACCUUCACGCCGUGCGAGCGGCUGGAGAGGAGGCGCACCAGCUUCCUGGAGGGGACGCUGAGGCGGAGCUUCCGGACGGGACCCGUCGUGCGGCAGAAGGUGGAGGAAGAGCAGAUGCUGGACAUGUGGGUCAAGGAAGAGGUCUCCUCCGCUCGAGCCAGCAUCAUUGACAAGUGGAAGAAAUUCCAGGGAAUGAGCCAGGAACAGGCCAUGGCCAAGUACAUGGCCUUGAUCAAGGAGUGGCCUGGAUACGGAUCCACGCUCUUUGAUGUGGAGUGCAAGGAGGGCGGCUUUCCCCAGGAGCUCUGGUUGGGCGUCAGCGCCGACGCUGUCUCUGUCUACAAGCGCGGGGAGGGAAGACCCUUAGAAGUCUUCCAGUACGAGCACAUCCUCUCCUUUGGGGCUCCCCUGGCCAACACGUACAAGAUCGUCGUCGAUGAGAGGGAGCUGCUCUUUGAAACCAGUGAGGUAGUGGACGUGGCCAAGCUCAUGAAAGCCUACAUCAGCAUGAUCGUGAAGAAGCGCUACAGCGCGUCGCGCUCCGUGAGCAGCCAGGGCAGCUCCAGGUGAAGGCGGCCGCGAGCCCACGUGAACUCAGCGUCUCCCCGCGCCGCCCCUGGUCACGAGUGCUCAGCCGGCGCUGGCGCCUGGAGCCCGAAGCGGGGCUGCCCAGGCUUCCUGGAAGCCCCUCGUUGGAGGGAGGUGUCUCGGGGACCUUUCGCCCUGUCCCCGCCAGUGAUCGUGCAUUAAGCUGUCAACCUUAACCCGAUUUCCAAAGCUUUACUUCUCUUAGAUGACCCAGGCCUUAAAAAGAGAGGAAAUGAAACCCACGCUGCCACCAAAGCAGCCAGAAGUGCCUUAACUUGUGGAACAAACGCUAAUCCACCUUAACUGUGCUACUGAAGGGAGAUGCUAACCCCCCUUCUGGGGGAGACUGACUAAGCUUGGGGGUGGGGGGACAGCAUUUAUCCAUCACUUCUGCACUAACCUCCCAGCCUGAUUUCCCCUUGGCGGGAAGGUGAGGGAGUGGGGGGAGGGGGCGGAGGGAGAGCGAGGGGACAGUCUAUUUUAGUUGGAGUGCUGCGGGCAGCCUUCCUCGCGGGGACAUGCAGUAACUUUUUCUCUUUGUCUCAUCUUUUAAGUGUAUGUGCCUGCCUGUGCAUGCAUGUGUUCAUAACCCAUCACUUUAAUCACUGUUCCACGAGCAUUGAAAGCAAAGGGAAAGAGGAUGUGCAAUGGUGUAACGUCUACAUCUGAGUGGUUCAGCAUAAGAGUCGUCACCUUUCCAAGGUGGUUUUAUUAAAAAACCAGAAUCCUGGAUUUUCCUGUCUUCGCUGUAUUUCGAAAGCCCCAUUUUGAGUCAACUUUUGUUUUACAGGUAGCAACAUCUGCAGUCUGUGUCUGCUGUAUUAUAAACAGAUACACAGCCUUCAAGUAACUAUUUAUAAACCACUCUUAAACAGCGGGCCCCAGGGCUGUUUUUAGAACUGUAUGAAGUCAUUUUGGAGUCUCUAGUUUCUAAGAGAUAUAAGCUAAAAAAUGUUUCCUUGAAGGUUAGUUCAUAUCACUCUGGGUAGAUUGUGACAUGACCACGUUUGAAUUCAGAGGAAAGAUGCUGCCUUCUCUGAAAGUGGAACACGUGAGCGAAUCUUUAAAGAACCCAGACAUUCAAUAUUGAGGCUUUAAUAAAAUACACAUGUAUUUUACCCCAAGUUUAUAAUGGUGGUCUGAAUGAGGCCCCUGUAAAUAAAUCAGCAUUUAUGACCAGAGGAGAAAUAAUCUGGUCUUGGACUUCUAUUUUUAUACAGAAAAGUUGUAAAGACUUAGGCCAACUAAGUCUACCCACAAAGCGAAAAGAAAUUUGCCUUAUCCCUGCAGACAGCCAUGUGGAGUCAUUGUUUGUUGGCUCAAAGUCUGACAAUAAAAUAUAUUAGCUAA